GCUGCCUGAUUCCGAGCCCCUGAUUGGGGAGGGGCCUCGGGAAGGACCUGCCCUCCGCGUCCAUGGCUGUAUAAAGAGACCGCCUCGUAAAACAGGAAGACAGCCCGACCGAAACCUGAAACCCGUCUUGUUGUAUGAAACCCCGACAGGCCGCAGAGAAACUUCACUAACCGACAGAUUCUCCCGUUUCACCGUCAGAACCACUCAAACGGCUGUUUGGGCUGAACUCUCGUUGGAACUCUCGUUGUAACGGCUCGGCUAAGCGACCACAACGAGAAGUCAGCUUGUAGCUCGCUGCGUUAGCUUGUUUGCUAACUUUAACAUAAAUCCGGAUUGAGAUUCUUCCACUGCUGGUUUGGAUUGCGCAACACGGCUCGUUUAUAACACCUGUUCACCUGUUCACCAUGGGAUCCAGAGCGUCCACGUUACUCCGAGAAGAGGAAAUUGAAGAGAUUAAGAAGGAGACUGGCUUCUCCCACAGUCAGAUCACUCGGCUGUACAGCCGCUUCACCAGCCUGGAUAAAGGAGAAAACGGCACCCUCAGUCGGGAAGACUUCCAGAGGAUCCCGGAGCUGGCCAUCAACCCGCUGGGAGACAGAAUCAUCAAUGCGUUCUUUCCCGAGGGAGAGGACCAGGUGAACUUCAGGGGCUUCAUGCGGACCUUAGCUCACUUCAGGCCGAUCGAGGACAACGAGAAGAACAAGAACGCGGCCGUCAGCGAGCCGCUCAACAGCAGAACAAACAAGCUGCUCUUUGCGUUCCGUCUGUAUGACCUGGACCGAGAUGAUAAGAUCUCCCGGGAUGAGCUGCUGCAGGUGCUGCGGAUGAUGGUUGGUGUGAAUAUCUCCGACGAGCAGCUUGGCAGCAUCGCUGAUAGAACCAUACAGGAGGCGGACACCAACGGAGAUAACUCCAUUUCCUUCAAUGAAUUCAUCAAGGUCUUGGAGAAGGUGGAUGUGGAGCAGAAGAUGAGCAUCCGGUUCCUACACUAAGCUGUGUCUUGUUAUUUAAUUUAGAGUAGAGCUUCAACACGUGUGUUGAUGCAGAACACAAAGUCCUCCAGCUGUCAGCAGGUCCACGCUGUCAGAGCCGCUGUAGGUAGAUGAUGUAGACCCUCAGUUUCUGCCGCUGCUCUGUAAACAAAGGGAAACGUGUGCCUUGGGCAGUGGCUCCGUUUAGUUUUUUUCCAGGAACAUUAUUUAUUAGAAAACCUUCAGAGGUCACGGUUAGUCCCACUGUUCCACUUUCCACAUGAAAAUUAAUUGCAUAGCUCGCUACGAUGAAAGCGUUUUGCAGCGAGUGUUUGCUCCUGCCGAUCAACAGAUACUACAUGUUGUGUCUUCGUCCGUAUCAAUAUGCAAUAGUCCAACUUGUAAGAUGUGUGAUUCCACUUAACUGACAGUGUUUUAAUGCUAACUUAAAGCUCAAGCCAAGCGGGACCUGCGCCACACGUUUGUGUUUCACUCACUGAAGUGCCACGGCUUUGGUUCUCAUCUCAGCCGUUAACAGAGCCUGUGGCCGUGUGUGUGUGUGUGUGUGUGUGUGUGUUAACCUAGCUACUGCCAAUAGAUUAUAAUCACCUGAAGAGUUCAACCCUCUUUCAAAGCCAGGAAGUACCUGGGGCCUGUUGGAGCUGCAACAUGUGUAUAAUGUAAUAUUUAUAGAACCGCUUAUUCAUUAACUAAACUGUGCUGGUAAAUGACAAUUUCAAACUAAAUGGUGUUCUGUGUGUCUGGGGCUGGUGUGUGUCUACUUUAGUACGUUUGCAGGAUGUUCUAAACUGUGUCAGCGGCUGCUCGCAGACAGUUUCCCCGACGUGAGUCUUCCUGACAGCUGACGGGUCGAGCUGUGCUGCAAACUGUCGAUUAGUUUGUAGACUUUAAAAGAAAGUCAUCUCUGUGGGAGCGUGUUGCAGCCGAUCAUGAGGCGACACUGGACGGAGGAAGAUUUCUAUUUUGCAUUUUGAGGAUGAAGUCAAAAAUGUUGACAAUAAAUCAAAGCACUAGCGUUGACGCAUCAACAGGAAGUUUGACUUUAGUCUUGAAAUGCAAAGUUAAAGCUCCUCCUCCCUUGUGUGCACGUCUUCUUCAUGUGUCUGAUCCCAGUGAACUCGUUCCACGUGUUAAAGAAUUAAAUGUUUUGUGUACAGACUCGUGUUGAUUUGAGACGCUUUACUCUUUAUGUGACUUUGUUGAAUCAAGAACCUUCUGCAGCUGCUGAGUGCAGGAAAUACAUCAUGACCAUUUUAUUAAUCGUGAUUAUUAACAGAUGAGUCAUGUUCUGUGACGUUUGUAUUAAAGUGAUUCAUGAAUUUAAUUUGAAUAAAUUGAAGUGCCAUGCUUA